UGGACAGUUGAUCAAACUUCAAGGAGAAUUGCUUAAUCCUUUUAGACAAUUGGAAACUCUCAACCAUGGUUUCUUCUGAAGCAAGUUUGCACUAUAUAAGACAAAAUGAUAUGGAGGCGAGCAAGAAGAAGAAGAAGAAGACUUUAAAAGUAAUAGACAACCAGACUGGUCAGGAGUUGACACUUGAACUGCACAAUAAUACUAUUCGUGCAGUCGAUUUAGCAAAACUUGGAGUUACUGUAUAUGACCCUGGUUUUUUAAACACUGCUUCUUGUAUUUCAAGAAUCACUUACAUCGAUGGAGACAAAGGAAUUCUUCGUUACAGAGGCUAUCCAAUAGAAGAACUGGCAGAGAAAUCUACCUUUAUGGAGGUCUCCUUCCUCCUAUUGUACGGUGAACUUCCUACUUCUAGGGAACUCGAACAUUUUACGCAUAGAGUUUUACGUCAUACCUUCUUAAAGCAGUCCUUAGUGGAUAUAAUCAAGGCAACACCAAAAGAAUCGCAUCCUAUGGGGCUACUUGUAAGUAUGUUAGCUGCUGAAGGAACGCUGUAUCCCGAUGCCAAUCCUGCUAUUAGCGGUGGUGAUGUUUACAAUUCUCCUAGAGUACGAGAGAAACAAAUACUUCGUUUGCUUGGAACCAUGCCAACAUUGGCAGCAUUUGUUUACCGACACAAAAUGGGUCGUCCAUUCAAUUAUCCAGCUUAUGGUGGAAGUCGUUCCUAUACCGAGAAUUUUAUGUAUAUGUUGGAUAGUAUGGAGGAUCCUUCCUAUCGUCCUAAUGCAACACUUGUGAAAGCAUUGGAUACUUUGUUUGUAUUACAUGCAGACCAUGAAUUGAAUUGUUCUACAGCAGCAGUUCGUCAUCUUACUAGCAGUGAUGUGGAUGUUUUUACAGCUUUUUCUGGAGCAGCAGGAGCUCUAUAUGGACCACUUCAUGGAGGAGCAAAUGAAGCUGUUUUGCGAAUGUUGGAAAGGAUUGGUUCGGUUGAAAAAGUUCCAGCAUUUAUCGAAGCUGUGAAGAAUCGAAAAGCCCGUCUUAUGGGUUUUGGACAUCGAGUCUACAAGAACUAUGAUCCUCGUGCAAGGAUUGUUAGAAAGUUGGCUUAUCAAGUAUUUGAAAUCUGUGGCAAAGAUCCCUUGAUUGAAAUAGCGACGACUUUGGAAGAACAUGCGUUAAAAGACAAUUAUUUUAUUGAAAGAAAGCUGUAUCCAAAUGUGGACUUUUAUUCGGGCUUGAUAUAUAAGGCUAUGGGAUUCCCAACAGAUUUCUUCACCAUUUUAUUUGCAAUAGGCAGGACACCAGGAUGGUUGGCGCAUUGGUUGGAGUAUUUGGAUGAUCCAGAUAAAAAGAUUGCUCGUCCAAAGCAAAAUUAUCUAGGUUCAGAUCAGCGCAGUUAUAUUCCCCUCACUCAAAGGAAUUCCUCUGUGAAAUAUUCCACAGAAUAUGUGAGUCCAGCAGAGAAAAGAAGAGUCAACGGAUUCGCAGUUGCCAAAAUGUAGAGCGAGUGUGAAAUGAUUACUUGUCGAAAUGGCAUUCCUUUUUGCCACUCAUUUGUUUCCUUCGCAGUACUUGUUUGUCCAUAAAGAAUGUUUCAAGAAUAAGCAACCAAGUUUCCCUUGUAACAACACGUCGUUUAUUAGAAAAUGUCGUUUCCAAGCUUGUGGAACCGAGUCUUCCGAUAACGAUAGGGUUCCUUGUACACUUGACUUGACAACACCUCUCAAUAUAAACGCAAAUUGGUCAGUAUGGAACCGAAAAGAAACGUUGUUACUUUAUGAAGAAUAUUUCUAUAGCUGUACAGAGCUACAACUUAUUUCUCGUCUCGAGUUAUUGGCCAACAAUGUAGCCAAGCUGAUGUUUACCGAAUUAUUUCCUUGUUCAAGCCAUUCUUCAGUCUUUGUUUUGUGUGGUCGAGGUUGGAAUGGUGCUAUAGGUAUGUUACUCGCUCUUGAGUUGAAAAAGUUGGGAUAUCAGUCGAGAAUUGUGUUGACGGAUGGUACCAAAUAUCAUUU